UGGGAGCGGGGAUUGUACUUGGGCGGGGUCUGCACGAAAGGCUACCUGGGUAAGGCCCAAGAUGGUUGCCCACAGGCUUCUGUUUGGGUAAGGUUGUACGGUCGAUUCGUGUUGGCAUCUCCUUGAAGGCCACGCCUGCUCCACAUUCUCGGGCUCAUUUGAUGUGCUGUUGAGAGGAGCAGACUAGAGCAAUGGCAGGGGCCCUCUCUUGGAGGGCUGGUAAGAGCCUGUGGGCCUGGAUGACUUUGGGCUGCAGAAACUUCUCUCUGGGUGUUCCAGAAUUGUCGCGUAUCAGGCUCACCCUGCCGCCUCCCAAAGUGGUUGAUCGUUGGAAUGAGAAGAGGGCCAUGUUUGGAGUAUAUGACAACAUUGGGAUCUUGGGAAACUUUGAAAAGCACCCUAAAGAUCUGAUCAGGGGCCCCGUAUGGGUUCGAGGCUGGAAGGGAAAUGAACUGCAGCGUUGUAUCCGAAAGAAGAAAAUGGUUGGAAAUAGAAUGUUCAUUGAUGACUUGCACAAUCUUAACAAACGUAUCAACUAUCUCUACAAACACUUUAAUCGUCAUGGGAAGUACCGGUAGAAGAAAAAUCUGGGAUCUGUGGAAGAGGCAUGUGUAUCUUCCCUGAAUGGGACUUUUCCCUGUGAGGAAAGGAUUUCAUAUGCUCACUAAUAAAAUGGAGCUUUGAAAUGUGA